CACGAAUACUACUUGGAAGUAUAUAGCCCCGUGUAUUUCCUUUUUCAGAAAUAAAAGCAAAAAUGGCACCAAAGGCAGAGAAGAAACCGGCGGAGAAAAAGCCCGCGGAAGAGAAGAAAACUGUAGCAGAGAAGGCUCCGGCUGAGAAGAAGCCGAAGGCCGGCAAGAAGUUGCCGAAAGAGGGAGGCGCCGCUGGUUCUGACAAAAAGAGGAAGCGGGUAAAGAAGAGCACCGAGACCUACAAGAUCUACAUCUUCAAGGUCUUGAAGCAGGUCCAUCCUGAUAUCGGGAUCUCGAGCAAGGCCAUGGGGAUCAUGAACAGUUUCAUCAAUGAUAUCUUCGAGAAGCUUGCUCAGGAGGCGUCCAGGCUCGCGAGGUACAACAAGAAGCCGACGAUUACAUCUCGGGAGAUCCAGACUGCCGUGAGGCUUGUACUCCCUGGAGAGCUUGCGAAGCACGCCGUAUCUGAGGGGACCAAGGCCGUGACGAAGUUCACUUCUUCUUAAGUAGCUGUUGAUUGGAUUAGGAUUAGCCUUGUGAUUGUGUAGUUUAAGGUUAGGGUUUUAGUAGACUCUUAUCAAUUUGUGGAUUCUACGUGGUUAUUUCUUUUUUUAGAAUCUCAAAAAUUGGUUUGUAUGUGAAGAUCUGCUUGAUAUGGAUGUGAACUAUGCUAGCAAUCCAUGGAAUUGAAUAGUAUUCUCAAUU